GAAUCUUUCAUUUCGAACUUGGAAAAUGAAAAUGUCAUGAUGGCUUUGCUGUUUGUGGCAAUGAAGUUUUGAGCCUGCUGGUACAGGGUCUUCUCCGAUUAGUCUUCAGUAGCUGAGCGUUGGCAUGGCUGGUGGAAUGUACCGAACAGCUGAGGAGCGGGCUAGUCGUUUGUUUCAGCAGAAGACUGUGGCCGAAAUCAAAUCAAUCGAGAAACAGACCAGGAAUGACAUUGAACGCAAGAAGGAGGAGUUGCGUCAAAUGGUCGGUGAGCGGUAUCGUGAGCUGAUUGAUGCAGCGGAUACCAUUGUUGAUAUGAAGAAGUCCGCACAUAAGGUUCUCUCUGAUGUAUCACACAUGCAAUCACAAUGCUCAUCACUACACAAGCUUCAUCAGCAGCACUCUGUGGCUGCCAUUACAUCAGAUCAAGAUCAGGCGAAGCUGGCUGGGCGUUUAUCGUUCUUCUCUUUGGUAUCCCAAAUCAAACUGCUUGUCACUAUGCCGGAGAAGUUAUGGAGUGUUCUGGAGUCUCAGGAUCAUCUCUGCGCUGCUCGCCUGUGUUUGAUGGCUAAACACAUCACAGACUCUAUCAAUCAACUUACUGCGUCUGGAGAUCUGCGCAAUGCUGUGAAGAGUUUCCCUAUCCUGCCAAGACAGCGUGCAGCCAUCAGUCAUUUCCCAACUUUAGUCCUACAGGCCAGUCGAUUAGUUUUACAAGAUCCCAGUCAACCUCUCAAGAUAAGUUGUACAGUGUGUGUUUUUCCUCUCAUGUCUGUCAGUUCAGCCCCAGCCAUCGUCUACACAGAUGAGCCGCAAUCAGCGAAAACGACCCUUAGAGAUUUCGUAAUUUUUUCGAGAAAAAGGUCGAUUUGUGACGUUCAACGAUUUUUUGAUCGCGCUGCAAACAGCGCGACGACUUCUUGAACUCCUUGCUUGAAGUAAUUAUUUAUUUUGAAGUUGAAGUGGUGUCGAGUGGCGACCCAGUGUUCCUUGAUCUUGUUGCGAUGGCUGCGGACGCCAGAGCUGUUCGCAGAGCACACACGGCAGUCAUUGUCUACAGCUAGCUCGAGCCUGGUGGGGAGUGGAUGCUGAAGUAGCCGCUGAAGUUCAAAAUGAGGAUGAAACUUUCUUUGGUUCCGACAUCGAUGUCGACAGCGAGGCGGAAUCGCAGCCGUCAUCUCCUGCUGCGAUGUGGCUCAAGGUGGCCGAUGACUCGUCAGAGUCGGAAGAUGAGGAGUCGUCACCUGAGAUAAAUUCUGAGUCUGGGGCUAGUGUCAGUAGUGACGGUAGCGACGUCGUGUCUUCAGCUGCGGAGGAAGAAAUGGAAGACGAGAUUGCGGAACGACUCCACGCAGGAUGCAGCUGCGAUCAUGUCGAUCAUUUCUCCGCACUCAUCAGCUAUUCUUUGUCAUUAUAGCUGCUUACUUCACUAUUUCAAAAGUAUGCAAGCUGCCCACCCACCUUCGAAUGCUGAAUAUUCAUUGUACACAUACAUUGUAUACAUACAUUGCACCAAUUUGGAGUACAUAUUGUAUAUUGGAGUAUACACCCGUUUAUAAUCGGAAUAUUGAACUUUUUCUUGGCUGAGGGCCUUCAGUAGAUGUGGUUCAACAAAUUUCUAACCAAAAAGGAAUUUUGAAAAUGUUGACCCUAAGGGCUGGUUUCGCUGGUUGAGGCCCAGAUGUCAAGAGUGGGGCUUUCCCUCCAUUUUGAAAGGUGUGCUGUUGCUACAUACUGUAACGCACAGUCGCAUCCUCCAUUGUGCAGGACAUUCAGAAUUCUUGCAUGUUGCUCUGUUGUUUUUCUUCUGUUAUUAUCUGCAGAAAGUGGAGGAGUCGCUGGCUGCAGUCUUGUUGAUUGAAAACUCUUCGUUGUCAGAAGUGUUUCACGAAUUUCUUCAAGCACGCAUGGCUGCUGUUGAGUCAUUGUUCAGUGAUGAGCAAGGUCUUAGUUUCAAGGAGCUAGCUUGCCGUUUGAUGCAGCUUAUCCGUACCACAUUACAGCAAGUCUAUUUGAUGUUUUCAUCGCCGUCUUCAUCCUUGUCAGCAAACAACCAUGUUGUUGAUCUUGCCAUGGAAUCAGUGUCGCUUGGUGACCUACAUCUUGGUUAUUGGUCAAGAUUUCUUCCAGCAUCUCUGCAAGAUUUUCAGCCAGCUAGUAGCACAUCACUGUAUGGUAGACUGUCGCAAGAUGACAUCCACACUCAGUGUGCUGCUUUCUUGGCAAAGUGUGUGAGCGUCGUUCCGUCUUCACUCUCAUCAGCACUGAGCUAUGUCACUUCAAUGGAAAGCUUGGUGUCAGUCCGUGAUGCUGUCUAUGAUAUGUUGGCUAAGGAUGAUAGUGUUCUCAAUCAGGACUCAGGCCACGCCACCAUCAGCACCAGCAUCAGCACCAGCAGCUUUAGCACACAUACAGGUGCUGCUAUCGUACCAUCUGGCCUACCUCACUGGGAUGUGGUCUGUACGGCAGUAGUAGGACGUCAAGUCAUACUCUAUGAUGAGCUAAUACGCAAUAACCUACAGACUCGCAUGCAGGAGAUUAUCGCCACUCAGUUGUCAACUGCGUGUAGUGCUAUUCAUGAAUCAGUACUCGCACUUCUAGCUGAUAUGCAUGCGAUGACAUCAUCAGGGUCAAGCAUGACAUCAUCAUCCCAUGCUGUUGCUACCAGUACUACAUCAGGUGGUGAUAUGCUGUCAACAGGGUGGCUGGAUCGCAAUGUGGGUGCGUAUAUCUGGCAAGACAGCGCAGAUGAUUUGCUACCCACAUUGUCCACAAGUUCAGUCAGUACAGCCGCCACACAGCCAGCUAGACCAUCGUCUGUCAGUAGCAUGCGUCGGUCACCUGACGGUACUGGUGCAGUGUCAGUGUUAGCAAUGAAAACACGAGGUGUUACACCGGCCGCAGCAAGGGCGUAUUCUGAGUUCAACUCCAGUCUCUCAGCACUGUUAUCUGGUGUACGUCUAGCAGUUGGUGAUACAAACACCAGCUCAGCAGCAGCAACCACACCGAUUGCUAGGUGGAAACCUACGUUUGGUGAGGAGAUCACAAAGGUUGAGUGUGUGCCGUUCAAGAAAUUUGCUUGCGCUGCGGAACUCCGGUCUUUCCUGCGUAUGACAAGUUACAAGACGACAUCAGAGUUGUUGAGCAAGUUUCAAAAUCGUCUGCAGCAAUUGCGAGAAGAGGCAGAGGACACUAGCAGUUUAUCAUCGGCAGACCGUGCUCGCAGUGUUGAUUGCUGUCUGUUGUUGGCACGUUUGUCAUCAUCCUUGUUUGAAUGCUGUCCACCGUUGGAAGCAUGCCUUCUUGGCUUGGAGAAGAGUUCUGCAAAGGACUCGACUACCAGUCGAUCACGUCGCAGUCUAUCUACAAGAAGCACUUCACUGUCUCUCAAGUCUGACAUGCGGUCACAACCUGAUCAAGAGCAGCUGAACAAUGUUCGCAAUGACAUUAACAAGUUAACCAUGGAUGCAUACAG